AUGGCCACCCACUCACUAGCAGAUACUGAACAGAAGGGCAGACAUGGUCAGGUUCCUAGGGGGACAAAGGAGGAGGACAUCCUAGCACCUGGAGAUAUCUGUAGGACUGAUAGUCAAGAUCCUGAUGCACCACACCCAACAUUCUGGAGCUUCAAGUCUGUGCCUGGCGAUGCCACCAGAAGCAGCAGCAGUUCCAGAAUGGAGGCUUUUGUGGCUAUUUCUUUGGGUGGUGAAAACCCAGUGCCACCGUCAAUAGUGUCCAUGCCUGAGAAGCAGUGUUCUGACCUCCAGGGCAGCCCUGACCCACACACUGAUCCUAGCAGUUUGGGGACCAAGUUGGGCAGCCAGGCCCAGGUAGGGCAAUCUCCAAAAGGCCUUAGCUUGCCCAACCAGCACCCAGCUAAGACGAAGAACCCACAGAGCAAUCACAGUGGGAAGCAGCCCACCUGGGACCAGACUACAAAGCCUCCAGAGGGCGUUCGGCUUCAGGAGGCUUUAGCAUCUCAGUCUGCGCCUGAGCAGACUUCCACUCUGAAGUCUAGGCCCAACAGGAGAGGCCAUCCUCAGUUUUCUGCAGAGAGUCUCAUGUCCACAAGUCCUGCUUUCCGCAGUGGGGCCACCAUGUCAGACCCAUCUCUCCAACAACACCAGUCUUCUGCGGGUCCUGAUCUCCACCAACUGGCCACUCUGCCAGACUCUGGUCGUCAGUGCAAUGCACCUGGGUCGAGCCCUGAUCUCAGUGGUGAUGCCACUCGAACAGGCCGUUAUUUAGGACGACAGGCCACUUCUCCAGAGUCUGGUCACCGCAGCACUGCACCUGGGACCAGUUCCGAUCGUGGCAGAAGCACAACCCGAGCAGGCCGUGAGUUGAGGCGACAGGCCACUUCUUCAGAGUCUCGUCACCGCAGCACUGCACCUGGGACCAGUUCCGAUCGUGGCAGGAGCACAACCCGAGCAGGCCGUGGACACCACCCUCGGGCCACUCCUCCGGAGUCUAGUCGUCGCAGAAGUACACCUCGGUCCAGUUCUGAUCGUGGCAGGAGCACAACCCGAGCAAGCCGUGAGUUCGGGCGACAGGCCACUUCUCCAGUGUCUGGUCGUCGCAACAGGGCACCUAGGCCCAGUUCUGAUCGUGGCAGUAGCAGCACCCGACCAGGUCGUGGUCACCACCCUCGGGCCACUCCUCCAGAGUCUGCUCGUCGCAGAAAUACACCUGGGCGCAGUUCUGAUCGUGACAGUGGCACCACCCGGACAGGCCGGCGUCCCCGUCCCAUGUGGAGAGCCACUCUUCCAGUGCCCGCUGCCCAUGGCAGUGCCAGUCCUCCAGGUCCUGAUCGGCAAAUCCCAGCCACACAGUCAAACCCAGAUCUCCGCGACAGUGUCUCUGGGCCUGGCUCUACCCUCCAUCAGAGUGUUUCUGCACCUAGAAUUCCCAGCACUACCAGGAGGUCGAGGGCAAAGAUUGUCAGCAGGAGCCGCUCUGCCCAGCGGAGAUCCACCUUACCGCCUGGGCAAGCCAAAAUUCCUAGCUCUGUCGCUGCCUCUCGAAAACGUAUCUUUGGGAGAAACUCUUCUCAGCCUCAGGCCAAAAACCAGUCUGGUUGGCAUGCUGUCCGUAUGCGUGCCUCCUCCCCAUCACCUCCUGGUAGGUACUUCCCAUUAGUUAACCUGAGAAGUGAAAGCUCAUCUUCCUCUGCCUCUCCCUUGCCCACCAACAAUUCAAGUCCCUCCUCUUCCGACAGUAUGUCUUCUGACCAGAGCUCCCGUUCUUCUUCUAAGUUUGGUGGCCUGAGCUCUAUCUCUACUCCUAGCCCUGAUAGCCUUCAGCGUGCUUUGAUGCCUGACCUGGAUGCCCUGAGCUCUGCCUCUCUCGGAGGGGAGAAGGAAACAGGCAAUGCACCAGGCAGCUCUACACCAUUUGAACCGUAA